AUGCUGGCCAUGAGCCUAGAGGACUUUGUGCGGCGCAGCGUGGGCUGCAGGUCUGUCGCCUUUCAGAACGAGCGGACCAUGGGCUUCAGCGGUGCAACUGUGUCGGAUGUGCUUUGCAAAGGCGAUGGCGAGGAACGGCUGCUUUUUCUGAAGGUGGUAGCGCCAGAGCCGCUGGCAGACGACGCAUCCGCUGCAGAGCGGCAGAAGUGGGAAAGGAACCUGCAGAGCUAUGCCAACGAGCUGGCUUUCCUGAGCAACCCGCAGAUCCAAGAGGCCUUGGCGCGACGGGGCGUUCUCUUGCCCAAGACCUUGGGUCACACCUCCGUGCCGGGGAAGUCCUUCGCUCUGCUGACGGAGAACCUGCAGCCGGGCUUCGCCAGUCGCGGCGUCCCCCCGGCGCAAAGGUUCCCAGAAGUGUUGAGGUGGCUGGCCAACUUCCACGGGGCCUUCCAGAGUCAGAUGCCCACGGAACAUGGGCUUUGGGACUUUGGAACCCACGUCCACUUGGACCGCCGCCCGGCGGGGGAGAUUGACAAACUGCCAGAGGGCAUCGCCAGCUUUUGCAAAGCCUUUGAAGGUGAGGACGACUUCUUCCGGCGCCCGGCGGCGGCGAAUUUGGGGAGCCGCCUGCAGCAGGUGGCGAGCACGGUGUCCAGGCACCUCACGAUCAGGCCCGAGAACCUGCAUCGCAUGACACUGGUGCACGGCGACUUUAAGGGAGCCAACUACUUUCUGAAGUGCGAAGGUGAGGGCUGCACUGCAAUUGACUGGCAGUGGACUGGACCUGGCGUUGGGGCCACGGAGACUUGA